GCUCGUUCGGCCGUGCAGAUCAAUCUCCUCUCAAGACUGUCCUUGCUUGUGACCAGGUAAAAAUAGAACCAUUCCUCGACCAGUUCGCAAUCACAUCCAACUGCUGUUGAAUUUUCAACAGAAGGGAAAGCCCUUCUCCCACUGCCGUCUCUCGUUCAGAACCCAUCUACUUCACUCCUUCAUGCGCAUCGCCAUCGACUGGCGCAUUGUCUUAACCGUGUUGCCGGAGGGCUCCAUCCUUUGACCCAGCACGUCCAAUCAUGUUACCGCCGACAUUCAUUCAACUAUUACUGCUACAAUCAUGCGCUGCUGCAUUAGCAACCACUCCGUCAAUACGUUCUUCCGCUCGUCCAGACUCAUGUUCUGACCAGCUUGGCUGUCUAAAUCAAGACAACUCAAAACUACCACGGCCAUUUGACCAUCUCUGGAUAUGGGACGAAAUAUCCAAGGCCAAGAGAGCUGAUGACGAUAAAGGGAAAGGAGAAGGACGAAAAGAAGGUGGGCGUGGAAAAGAAGGAGACCAGGGAGAAAAUCAAGGAGAACGCGGACCUCCACCUGGUCGAGAGAAUAAACCACCGCCUGGACCUAAGGGUAAUGGCCCUGACAACAACCGCGAUGAUAAUAAGGAUAAGAAUGAUAAAGGAAAAUCAGGAGGCCCGGAAACAGGCAGUGGUAAAGGCGAAGGAGGUCAACAUGGAGAUAAUCCCAAAAAAGGUGGAAAUGGAGAAGAAAAUGAUCCCCCCAAGAAUGAUCCGCCCAAGAAUGAUCCGCCCAAGAAUGAUCCGCCCAAGAAUGAUCCGCCCAAGAAUGAUCCGCCCAAGAAUGAUCCGCCCAAGAAUGAUCCGCCCAAGAAUGAUCCGCCCAAGAGCGAACCGCCCAAGAGCGAACCGCCCAAGAGCGAACCGCCCAAGAGCGAACCGCCCAAGAGCGAACCGCCCAAGAGUGAACCGCCCAAGAGCGAUCCGCCGAAGACUGAGCCUCCUCCGUCCGUUCCAACACAACAACCAGACCCGCCCAGGGAUUCUGUCCCAAACAGACCUCCUCCAGACCCAAUGACCCAGCAGCCAGAUCCAGCGCCUUCACCUACCCGGGACCCCACGACUGAAAAGGAUCCUGGGACUCGGACAAACGGACCACAGCCUACACAUGAAGACCCUUCUUCACAGCCUCCGCCCCCAGAAUCUAAGCCCAGCGCGGAACCAACCAAAACUCCAACUAGUACCAAAGAUCCAAAACCAAAUUCUACAGACCCAGUGCCUGCAAGCUCAUCAUCAGAGACAUUGGGGUCAUCCAAGUCCCCAGAGCAAACAACAUCACCAACCAGUGAUACAGCUGAGUCCUCCAAUGGCCCACCAGCUCCAACAUCUUCAUCUUCGUCUACUCCCGUGACCUCUUCUACCACUCCCCCGGGCCCUCCCAAAUCGAAAGGCAGUAGUCUAAGCAAGGGCGGUGUUGCUGCUGGUGCGGUAUUCGGUGGAUUCGUCGUUAUCUCCCUGAUAUUCCUCACAUUUGUCUACUACAAACGAUGGAAACAUACCAGGGAGAACCAGACGGAUGAGGGUUCCAGCAGGCGACUCUCUCCAUUCCCCCCGACUCCUCCCAUGGGCAAUGUCCAGCAGACUCAAACUGGAAUUGUCGACCACAAUGAGUCAAUGGCAUAUGAUCACAAUAUGAGCUCCUUUGGCGUCCUAUCAAGCCCUUCUCAAGGGGACUCAUAUCCUCAUAGCAUGGAGGAAAAAGGCAUUGCCCAUUCUACAUACCCCUCCCACCAGGAUGCCGCCUACCAGCCAUCGUUGAGCCAAUCUGCGCAAAACGAGUUACAUCUACCUCAAGGUAACAUGGGUAAUACAAGCCAAUCCAACUCGCUCAUUGCCUCCAAUGAGCAUCAACAUCAGUACAUGGCAUACUCGCCAGAUUUGAUGGAAGAUGAAAAGACCGGCUUCCACGCAGUUGGGGCACCCGGUCUUGCUCCACUACCCGAGUCGUCUCAGGAGAAUCUACAUCUACACAAUUCAUCAGAAGAAUACAGGCGGCCUAUACCAAAAAGAUAUAGUGCCGUGAACUCACACCAAGCAGGACGAAACAGCCUCAUGCAACUUACGAGUCACAACAGUGCUGUAUACCCAGCAAACUCGCAACAACCGUAUACCUAAGAGUCCUUGUUCGCAUAUAAGUCAUCCAACGUUUCAUUCCUAGGGCCAUUCUUUUCACUCUGCCAUUCUAUUUUACAUCUGCUCGCGCAGUAAUUUCCUUAUAUAUCCGAUCCCUCUUUUUGAUCUUUUUGUAUUAUGAAAUUUUUCUAUGCUUCAGAUCCCAAAUCCUUAUUCCAUCUCAGGAAUAGGAUACCUACUCCCUUGUUUGGGUGUUAUUGCUUCCAUUCUACGUUCUCUUCUCCUUUCUUUUGCUUUCCCCCUUUCCGAUCAGCUGGAUUUUCUGUUUCUAGACUCGAUUCGUUCACCAGCCUUCAACUACUCCGUUAUUUGAGCUUGUACGCACACUUUGGGGGGUUGGUGCUACUAUUUUGGCAAAGCUCUUAUGGGAUUUCUUUUUUUUCUUUU